AUGUCGGCACAACCACCCACUGAUUCCCUCGCCCAAGUAUCACUUGCCUCAGAUGACCAGGCAGUGCAAGCAGCCGUUCAUGAUCAGAUUGUCACUCCUUGGGACGUCCAAGGUGGCGUAUCCAGUGAUGGCAAGCAACAAGCCAUUGACUACGACAAGCUCGUUGAUCAGUUCGGAACCCGAAGGGUUGAUGCUAAACUGCUUGAGCGUUUUGAAAAAUUGACUGGUCGCCGCCCUCAUGUUUUCCUGAGACGAGGAAUGUUCUUCUCUCACAGAGAAUUUGACAGAAUACUCGAUAGAUAUGAACAAGGAAAACCCUUUUAUUUGUAUACAGGACGAGGUCCAAGUAGUGAUAGUAUGCAUCUUGGGCACAUGAUACCUUUCGUUUUUUCAAAAUGGCUACAGGAUGUUUUUAAUGUUCCCAUCGUGAUUCAACUCACAGACGAUGAAAAGUUCCUUUUCAAGCAUGAACUCAAACCUGAGCAAACCAAACUAUUCUCCAAACAGAAUGCACGCGACAUCAUCGCAUGUGGCUUUGAUCUUGAUCGGACGUUCAUCUUCAGCAACUACGAAUUUAUGGGAGGAGCAUUCUAUCAAAAUGUCUCGAGAAUAUCCAGACAAAUUACCUAUAAUCAGGUCAAAGCAACAUUUGGGUUCACAGAAUCAGAUAACAUCGGGAAAGUCCACUUCGCAGCAAUUCAGGCUGCUCCUUCGUUUUCGACAACGUUCCCUCAAAUUUUCGGCACCUCCUCCGAUAUUCCGUGUCUUAUUCCUUGUGCGAUUGAUCAGGAUCCAUACUUUAGGCUGACGCGCGAUAUCGCCAGUAAAUUGAAACACCCCAAGCCCGCUCUCCUUCACUCCAAGUUCUUCCCUGCCCUCCAAGGCCCUCAGACAAAAAUGAGUGCCAGUGACCCCAACAGUAGUAUCUUCAUGACAGACAAGGCAAAUCAGAUCAAAAACAAAAUUAACAAACACGGAUUUUCGGGUGGAAAAGAGACUGAAGAGGAACAUCGACUGCUGGGAGGCGAUACUGAAGUUGAUGUUGCAUAUCAGUACCUAACUUUCUUUUUAGAAAAUGAUGAUGAACUUGAGCAAAUUGGAAAGGAUUAUAGAGCAGGUACUCUGUUAACGGGUCAGCUGAAGGCGAAAUGUAUCAAAGUACUUCAAACCUUUGUAGCCGAUUUCCAAGAGCGCCGAGCAAAAAUUACUGAGGAAGAGGUCAGAAAAUUCAUGGAUUCCUCCCGCAAAAUAUCCCCCACAAUGGGUAAAAGCCAGAGCGGAGUCACGGUGGCAUAG